AUGAUCAUCACUGGAGAUGAUUUGACGGGAAUUUGGGAGCUCAAAAAGCUUCUUAGUUGUCAGUUUGAGAUGAAAGAUCUUGGACCCCUCAAUUAUUUUCUUGGUCUUGAGAUCACUGCAGCUACAGAUGGUUACUAUCUCACUCAAGCAAAAUGCAUAUCAGAUCUUCUUUCAAAAUCAGGCUUAUUUGACAGUAAGAUUAUUGAUACACCACUUGAGCACAGCACAAGACUUAAUCUACAUUAUGGUAAAUCUCUUCGAGAUGGUAUAUUGUAUCGACAGUUGGUUGGCAGUUUAGUUUAUCUCACUGCCACCCUUCCAGACAUCUCCAAUGCUGUUCACAUAGUUAGUCAGUUCAUGGCUGCUCCUAGAUCUACUCAUUUUGCUGCAGUUAUUAGCAUCUUUCGCUAUCUCAAAGGCACUAAGUUUUAUGGGCUUUAUUUUUCUUCUCAAUUGCCAUGUCGUUCCAUAACAGGCUAUUAUUUCUGUCUCAGUGAUUUACUUAUCUCUUGGCGCAGCAAGAAUAAACUGUGGUUGCUCGAUCUAGCACAGAAGUCGAAUAUAGGGCACUUGUUGAUACUAUGUUUGAGAUUCUGUGGUUACGUUGGCUCCUUUAGGACAUGA